CAAUCACUGUUGAUGAGGGGAGUGGAACCUCAACCCAGCACGUUAUCGUGAUAGAGACUGCAGAGGCUAGAGGUCCUGGGGUAAAGCAGGAGAGGUCUGAAGGAGUGGAGGACCCACGGCACAGCAGAGACAUCCAGACAGUAGAAACCACUGGAGUAGCGUCUCCUGUAGCCACGGAAGACCUACACACCGCUGCUGCGCCCAAGCCUAGGACACGACGCAGCAUCAUGGAGGAGGAGGAGGGUCCAGAGGUGCUGCUGGUGAAGGAGGAGGGGUGUGAGGAGGGUCUGGGGAACCCUGAGGGGACCAUGGUCAUGGAGGACAAGCAGACUACACCACCUCCUGAACCCACAGAGAAACUAGCUGAGCAGCACAGGACCACACACAGUCUCACUGAGUCAGAAGACAUGGAGGAUGGGAAGCCUGAUCUGCUGUUGGUCAAAGAGGAGACAAUAGAAGAUGGACCAGAGAUCAUUGAUCUGCUGAGUGGACUAAAGAUGGGGGAGCAAGGUGGUUGGCUGGAGGCUAACAGAGGAGACUGGGUGGCCAUCUUGGAUUCCCAGACUCAGAUGGGUGCAGCCAAGGACCCAGGGGACAACAUCACCGAGCAGGCCAGGACCAGAGACAACAUAGUGGAGGUCAGUGGAUUGGACAACGUCCUCAACUCUGGGCUGGGGAACAACACUGUAAACCACAACCAGAAACAGGCAGUCGAACACAAAACAACAUCCGAACUUAGUCUCCGUGACAACAGACUAGCUGAGACCAGGAUGAGGCGUAGAUUUGGUCCGCGGGGACGAGGAAGUGUCCGUAUGCGGCAGGAGAGAACAGACACAAACUCUGUUAGCGAAGCUCCGUCCUGCUCCUAUAGUUGUGAUUCAGAGAGAUUGAUGGCGUCUCAGAUUAACCCCCUAACAGGUGCUGCCUUCAGCCUGCCUUCUAUAGGAUCUAUCAACUGGAACAUGGAACCUGCGACAACACAGACACUACCUGGCCUUCAUCCUCCUCACACUCUCCUGUUAAACCAGACCUCAGACAAUGCCAGUGGCUCAACACUAAAUGGCUACAGAAGCCCAUUGACAAAUUACAGUAGUUGUAACUCUAUCAGUAGAUCCAGUGGCAAAGAGAAGCGCUUCCCGUGUUCGUUCUGUGGGAAAGCCUUCAGUUUCCCCAAACAGGUGGAGAUCCACCAGAGGAUUCACACGGGAGAGAAACCGUUUGGCUGCCACCAGUGCCGGGCCAGUUUUUCACAUUUGUCCAGCCUGAAGAGGCACCAGAGGGUCCACACAGGGGAGAAACCAUUCGGCUGCCACAUGUGCCGGGCCAGUUUUUCACACUCGUCCAACCUGAAGAGACACCAGAGAGUCCACAGAGGGGAGAAAUCCUACAGCUUCCCCAGUGUGAGAAGAGGUUCUCCCACCAGCAUCAGCUGAAGAUUCAUCUGAAGAUCCACACGAGAGAGAGGCCAUUCACCUGUACGCACUGUGAGAAGGUAUGCACACGGCCCAAGAAAAUGCACACGGCCCAUGUAUAGUGUAUAGCCCUCAAACUCAACUCUUGACCUGGAACCCAGUUCCAUUGCAUUUUUUACUUGUUCUCCUCUCAUCAGGCACUGAUUUAGACAUGGGACACCAGGUGGGUGUAGGGCUGUUAGUUGCGCUCACGAUUCAUUACAGCAGUCAAAUUCCACGUGACCAUUUUGUCAUGGUAAUUAGGCUUCUGAUCAUUAGUAGCCUACCGAACUUGCUAAACUGCCUGGUGCUCAGCAUUCGAUUGUCCCUCUUAUCACUCGGACAGCAAUGCAAAUGUCAUUGUAAAUCAAAUCAAACACUUCAUGAGAGCUUAUGUUGCGCAACAUUUCUAUAGGCUAUGCAAUUGCAUGAGAGAGUGAUGGCCUCUAUUAAAAAGAGGAACCCAUCAGCUUUCUAUUGGCUAGGCCUACUAUAUUUCUUAACUUUCCUAAUGUUAAGCACAUUGUUUCUCUUUACAACAGGAGUAUAGCCUACCUGGCUGGCAUGAAAAUGAACCACGGGAAAAGCAUCUACCAUUAGCUAUUCUUUUCCUCCUGCUCCUGUUUUAAGACAGGUGCAUGAUAAUGGUCCAUUCCAAAUCAAAACUCAUUUCACACACAUUAUUUAGCAUAUGUAAAAAUCAGAUUAAAUCAAGAAUAGUCUGAUGGAUGACAAUAUUAGUGUUUGACUUGUGAAUGAUGCGUAUUCCUUUUUUUUUGCGACUUUUUCGAAUCAUAGUCACACCUCACGUAGCCUAGCCCAUAGGCUUGGAUAAGGUUUGAUUCACAACUAAAGUGGCAAAAUAACUUCUUAAAAUUACGCAUAUUAAUCCACAUUACAAGGGGUGUAGAGCCUAACUGGCAUACAUACACAGCACGUGAGUGUCAAGAUUCUAAAAUGCACCUUUAAUAAAAGCAUUUGCUAUGAGAAUGUUUUCCCGCUAAUGGAGUAUUCACACUUAGCCAACUGCUGUGUGCGCAUUUCUGCGCUUAUAAUGUGAAGAAAAAGCCUUAGGUUAUCAACAUUUUAAGCUAAUUGUUCUGAUCUUUUUUGUCAGCCACAUUGCUUAAAAAAUUAAAUUAAAUUGACACUAGUAGCUAUAUUAAUUUGGGAUCUAUUGCAUCCCACAACUGUCCCAGACUGUUUGGAAUAUUUAUUUUUCGUAGAAUAGAAUGGGUCAACUUUUGUACUAUGGGGGAAUAGUAGAUUUACAUAGGCCAAUGCUUUUGCUGUUCGUUGGCUGACAAAGUAAAUGUAGACAGUUCUUCCAAUAUCUUCAAUAUGCGCCUCGAAAUUGAAUAAGGACAUGCACAGUUGCGUCCCCGAUGUGUCGGUCUCCACUUGUAGCCUGUGAGAAAGACCCGAUCACGUGACAGAGAGCCGCUUCAGAGCACUGUGGUUGUUAAUUUCUGUAUUACCAAAUGAGGAGAAACAAACUUCACACACCAGAGUUAUACUUAUUAUUAAAGAUGUAGUUUAAGAGCUUUGCAAUAGCAUUGACUUUCAAUGAAUCCCUAUUUCUAAUGAACCAUUGAGUGACAACACAAAAGUACAAAGAUCUUUUAUAGCCAAGAUACACCCCUCUCGACCUACAUGACGCACAACCGAUACAUAGAAUGGUCACAAGGUUAAGAUUUAUGUGAAAGGUAUCUAUAAUACAUAGCAGACAGCAACUGCUGUGUCAACAGUUUAUUGUACAGACCAGUGUCUGGCCCUCCCACUCCAAACUGGAACUGUAUCUUCCUGGUACGGUAUAGAACAAAAACACCAACUCAUCCAAUGGCAUAACUCAAUUGUCAACUCUAGAUACUCCCAUCUCAAGUAAAACCCCUUGACACCACUCCUGGACAAGCUCACUGAGGGGAGUGAGUCUCUAGGUCAUAUACUAUCCCAGGAUAAGUACAACAUCAGAGAGGACAUAAUGGUUCCAUACACCUCCCCCCAAUGCCAAAGGAGGGCGCACAGACAUUGGAGACAAGUAAUUGGUACCCCAUUAAUCACGCCAUCCCUUCACAUGGUUUAAGAAUAGGAAGACACAUUCACAUAUGAAGACAAUGUUCCAUCCUGUCCUC